AUGGCUAGACAAUCGUAUUCGGAUCGGCAUUCAAUGCAACUUGAUGAGCCGAAAUCUCGAUGGGUUCACAUUCAAAUGCACACUUUCACAAAUUGGAUUAAUGAACAGCUUCGUGGCACUGGCUACAAAUUGCACGAUUUGGCGGCUGAAUUGAGCGAUGGAGUGCUGUUAAUUAAACUUGUCGAGAGUCUCCAGGAUCGAUUAUGCUCUGGAAAAGUGUUCAACAAAGAUCCGACGGAGAUUCAAAUGUUGAUGAACGUGCAGAUGGCGCUUGACGCGAUGCGUAGAGAUGGGAUAAAACUCGUGAAUAUUGGAAGUCAUGACAUUGUUGAAGGAAAUCCAAAAUUAGUUCUGGGCCUUAUCUGGACCCUCAUCCAACGCUAUCAGAUCGCUUCUAAGACGAAGAUUCCUCCAAAGAAAUUGAUGAUGGCUUGGGUUCAGUCCGUUCUCCCGGAAUUGAAAAUAACAAACUUUCGAACAAACUGGAACAAUGGAGUCGCUUUAUCAGCUUUACUUGAAUACUGUCAACCGGGAUUGUGCCCAGAAUGGAAAAGAAUCGAUCCGGAAGAUGGAAGAGAGAACUGUGCCCGGGGGAUCCGUUUAGCCGAGCGAUAUUUGGGGAUUCCUCCAAUUCUCUCGGCUGAACAUCUCUCAUCUCCGGAUCUCGAUGAGCUCUCUUGUAUCACGUAUCUCUCGUAUUUUGUCAAAAAGGGCAGUCCUGGAUACAGAUCAACGAUGUAUCGAGUGCAACAGCUAAUUGGCUCCGAUCCCUUAGUUGAAGAUUUCUCACCUACAUGGUGUGAUGGGUACAUCUUGUGUCGAUUGAUUGAAUCAGUUGGUGGGAGAGUGCCUGAGAUCGACAGUAUGCAAUAUGAUGACUACCAUAGUUGGGUGUACAAUGUGCGCUGUGGUCUUGAUGCAGCAGCUGAUCUUGGAGUCGGUUCACUAGUGGGCGCUGAAGAUAUCGCUGACUCGCAAGGAGAACAUCUAGGAAUCAUGGCUCUAGCAGCAGCUCUUUGUGCUGUCGGCCCAACACCGUCAUUCCCAAUCACUCAAUGCUAUACUAAUCAACAAGUAAAUCUCGACUUGGCUUUCGCUGAUGGCGGAGAGGUUCGCACCGAUGAGUUGGAUAUUCAGGUUAUCGGCCCUAAUGGAAACGUUCUGAGCAACAGCGAGCUUCAAGUGCGCAAGAGUCGAACAGUGCAAGGAGCCGUUUUGUCACUAAUUCCAAUUCAAUCUGGAUAUCAUCAGAUCCGAAUCCUCUGCCAGGGCAACGAGCUUCCAUCAAGUCCCGUCUCUCUGCAAGUUCUAUCAGCAGAUUCGAGCAGAGACCACCUCUCCGUGCAAACCCCAAUCAGAAGAGCUCUCAGCACCUCAAAGAGAGUCAGUCCGGACGAGGAGGUUGCCAUUGAGCAUCAAUCUUUUGCAAAAAGGCGAGCGCAAAUCGUGAAAAAACUCGAAGAGCAAAGGGCACAAACUGUUCGUUUGGAGAAACAUCGCGAAGAGAGAAACGAAAGAAACGAGAGGGUGAAAAGAGAAGAAAAACAGGAAAGAAGAGAGGAAAGAAGAGAGGAAGGAAGAGAGGAAAGAAGAGAAGAAAGAGAAGAAAGAGACGAAGAAAUACAGCAAGAGGAAGAGUACACACAAUAUCAAGAGACUGAAGAGAUCUCGUAUCGAGAAACGAUUACACGACACGAGAGGCCAUAUUCAGUCCCAUCAUAUUCUGAGGAAAAUCGAGAGAAAAAGAUGAGUCGGCCGAGAACUUUGUCCGACGUGGGUCUCAUCUCAUUCUCUGGCCUCUCUGAGCCAUGCGCUGUUGGAUCAAUCGUUGAAGUGGUGAUUAAUGCUCAUGGUGAUGCAUCAAAGGGUGAAGUGCUAGUGGAAUCUGAAUCUCCAUCGGGUCGACUUUUGCAGUGUCCUGUUUCUAGAGUUGGCGCUAGUUUCACAGCAACUUUUAAUCCGGAUGAAGUUGGAACCUGGCAAAUUGGGAUCAUCUAUGACGAGCAGCACAUUCGUGGUUCACCGUUCAAUUGUCAGGUCUACGACGCAAAUCUGGUGAAUGUCUAUGGCUUAGACGUGGGUCUUGUCGGACAGGAAUUAAGAUUUUCGAUUGAUUCGACGAGAGCUGGAGAGGGAGAUAUUGAGGUUUCCGUUCUUCGUCACGGUCGUCCAGUUGCUGCCACUUUAGAACAACAAUCGAGAGCACAACUAUACACGGCAACAUUCAUUCCUGACGGCGCUGGACAGUACAAGAUCCACGUUUUAUUUAACAAGAUGGACGUUAAAGGAUCUCCAUUCCUAUUGGACAUCGCGGACGCGAGUUCGGUGUCUGUCUAUGGGGAGAAUUUGCGAAUGGCUUCAGUCGGUCGCCCGGCCACUUUCAGUGUUCACGCAAUCGGCGCUCAACCGAAAGAUAUCACUGUUACGAUUACAGGACCAACUGGUGCGACGAAAUUUGGUCGUGUACUCCCAGUGGAUGAUGGCUCUUAUCGAAUCGAAUGGAAACCAUCGGAAGCUGGUGAACAUUCGGUAGAUGUACGUCUUUAUGGUCAAAGUGUUUACGAUGGUCCAUUUGUAUGCAAUGUAGGCGAUCCGGAGAGAGUCUCAAUUCGAUCAAUGCCUCGCCGAAUCAGAGACACUGAUAUGCACACGGAUCUUUCCUUUGAAAUCGACGCAUCGGCUGCAGGAUCGGGAAAUCUCGAGAUCAUGAUCAAUGGAGGGCGAGUGCCGUGUAGGGUCCGGGAUCUCGGUUCUCGACAAUAUUUAGCGCUUUUUACCCCAACUGAAUCAAUCACGCACACUGUCGAGAUGCGAUUCAAUGGAGAAAGUGUUCGCGGUUCUCCUUGGCGAAUCGAUGCUGAUGGAGAUCGAGGCACAAUCGGACGGAAGACACAUCCAGAGAGAGCAAUGUCCUACUACUCAGAGCUUUCUGGAGCGGGUCUCGUUCGAGCACCAGUUGACAAGUUCACCAAUUUCGAUAUCACUGGUGAAGGGCUUGAGCUAAACGAUAUUGAGGCAAAGAUCACAAGCCCUGAUGGUCGAGAGCAUCCAAUCCGAAUCACUUCCAAAGGCACUGCAGGAAGAUUCCGAGCCGAGUAUCGGGUGGAAAAGGUUGGAGAACACCAGUUGAACGUGUGGAUAGCCGGGAAGAAAGUCGAGGGUUGUCCAUUGGCGGUGGCCGGAUAUUCGGCCUCAAAAGUGCGUCUGGAGCCACUUGGUGGGGGAGAACCGGGGAAACCCGUUCAAUUCGUCGUUGAUGCUGUGGAAGCGGGCAAAGGACAAUUGGAAAUCUCGGUGAAUCAGGGAAGAGUGCCGAACAAUGUGCAGAUGCAAGGAGCUGGCAGAUGUUUGGUCACAUUCAUCCCGCAACAUCCGGGUCAAUACGUGAUCGAUGUCACUUUCAAUGGAGAACCCGUUCACGGAUGUCCAAUCAAAGUCGACAUUUUGCCGAAACAAGUCGGGACCGCAGUGGCGGCUCCUUUAUCCGGCUAUUCACCAACCUCAUCACCGACAAGAACCACUUUCAAUACAGGUAUCGCUGGUGGAUAUGCUUCUCGAGGUUCCGGUCCAACCUCUCCAACGUCGCCAACUUUACUCCGAGAAACUCGGACUCGAUCAGCCGAUCCUGUGUCCCAAUCAGGAUCCGAUAUCCGUAGCGCCACUCUUCUCAAAGAUGUCGGAUCACCGAGAAGUCGAUUUGAUCGACAUGAAGGCCCAUCGAAACCAUGGGAGAGAUCAUAUGCACCAACUGGUGCAAGAACUUCUCACUCGUUCUCUCCACAACGAGAUCUCAAUGCAACCUCACCGUCUACAACUAUGGAAAGAGAGAAAGCGAGCUUCGAUUCUCCGCGUCAAGGCUGGGCUGAAGGAAUCACGAGUCAAAGCCCAAUCACUCAAAGAGUUGACUCAAGAACUGGCUCAUCUGGUCCAACAUCUCCAUACGGAAUUCUCAAAAGAUCGGGUUCCCCACAAACAGGAGCUGCCUAUCUGGAACAGAGCUCUUCAUCGACCGUCAAUGCUCCAAGGGGAUCUAAUCAGUAUAUGGAACAACAACCCUAUCGAUCUGGAUCACCACAAGUCGGGGAAAAGAUACGACGAAUUGAGAAAGUCGAACCGUUGGCUGAGGAGAGAGUCCGGAUUCCACCGAUUGAUUACGAGCGGGAUACUGGCAAAGUUGGUUAUACAGUGGCUCAAUAUGGAGAACCGGGUCACGUCGAAAAGCACCGAGACCCAUCACCGGAAGAGCUCGACUACAGCAGAACAAAGGUCACCAGAAGGGUCGAAGUGCAACCACAUGAAGAGCAUCACUUUGAAGCGAAUCGUUCCGAGUCUCCGAUGUAUUCUAGUGUUUAUGAACGCUAUGCACAAGAACCGGAAGAAGAGCAUCACCAAAUGGGAUUCGCCACUUCAACUCCAUUUGCUACUCGUCAACGGCCACAAACACCGCCAAAAGACUUUGAUGAAUCGAUUAUUCAUCAAGAAAAGGAAUCCGAUAAUCCCCAGCCAUUCUACACGAGUUACGAAGUCGAGGAGCGCACUUUCCGUGGCACAUCUCCUACUGGAUAUGGCCGAACUCAUGAACAAUCAUCGGGCACUUAUGGGCCAAGAGGACAUAUUUAUGAGGAAAGGACAACUGAUCGAAUGAUUUCACCGACAAGACCACAUUAUGACGGAUAUCCAACGCCUGAUUACACAACAGAAUCCACGACGACGAGAGUCGCCUCUUACUCAAUGUCACCAAAGCUGGAUCGUGAUCUACACAAAAGAGAAAGUGAAGAGGAACGGCCAUUCUCGAAAACCACCGAUGAGAAGAGAGCUCCGGAUCUUGGGUUUAUGAGAACUCAAUCGGAAAUCAUCAAGGAUGCCACAGCUCCAUCAGGUCUUCGUCGAAGCGAGGAAAAAGAAAGCAUUUAUGAAGAGAAACCAAUUCAUCAACCCCGCCUCUCAAGAACUUCGGAGACAGAGGAAUGGGUGGAACAAGCAAAAAGAGAAGCCGAGGUGCAAAGAAUCAAGCGGGAGGAUGAGAGGAUUUUGGGAAGACAUGGAUUGUUGCCGGAUGAGCAAGAGGAUGCACACCAACAUCGAGCCAUUGAUGUACCAAUUGGAGAUUUGAGGAGAACCGAUGAAAGAUCAAAUGACAGCAUGAUGCACCCGCGUUUCCGAGAUGCACACACACAAGAGACUUCUAUCGAUUACCCACCAGAGCCGAUGACUGAAAUGGGAGAUGUGAUCGAAGUGGCGGCAACUCAUCGACCGAUGGCUCCACACGAGAAACAACAAGAGUUGGAAGUGGAGGUGUUAAUGCCGGAAGAGGAGAUGCCCCAUUCACCACCCCCAUCUGCCCCAACAACACCAAAAAUCACUCCGAAAUCCUCGAUCGGAAAGAAAGCAAAGAAAGACAAGGAUGGAAAAGUGUUCGACUUUGGAAAGAGCAAGUUCACUUCAAAGCACGAAGUGAUCAAGAGAGGGAAAGAUGUGGACGUGAAAUUGGAUGGAUUGAAGCUUGGAAAAGAUGACACGUUGAGAGUCGUUGUGAUGCCUCCGGUCCGUCAUUUACCACCAGGCGAGGAGCCGAUCGAGAUUGAGACAAAGGUGAAGAAAAGCGGCAGCAAGUACGAAAUCACUUUCAAGCCAAACGAUGUCGGAACUCAUAAGGUCUUUGCUUACGUGAAUGAGAUCCAGCAUCCACUCUCUCCAUUCCCAAUUCGAGUCUAUGAUGCCUCAGAGAUUCUCGUUGGCGAUAUUCCAACACAUUCAAAGUUGAAUGACACUGUUGAAUUUACAGUUGACGCUGGUCGAGCUGGUUUUGGAAAUUUGGAGAUGGCGAUUAAAGAUGCUGAUGGGGUGAUCAUUCCAUCACAUGUCGCCCAGUUAGAGACUGGAUCCGCGAAAUUUUUGGUCACUUUUGCUCCAGCAACUAAGGGAACUCAUACCGUGAAUAUUACCUUCAAUAAGGAGGUUCUUAAAAACAGUCCAUUCCAAGUUCAUAUCACUGAUGAAGGAGUGCCACCGGAGCCGUCGUCCGGAGCCGUUGGAGUCGUCCCAAUUGCAACACCUGAACUCUCCAAGAAGGAGUUGAAGAAACUGGAAGAAGAACGGAAAAAAGAAGAAAAAGAGAGAAUUAAGAGAGAAAAAGAGGAGAAAGUUGCGACGUUGAAACGAGAGAAAGACGCUAAAAAGGGCAAGAAAGGAGCCUCAACUCCAUUAGGAAAAACGACAGUAACAAAGAUUCCUUCUUUGUCUCGAGUUGGUCAACCAUCACAUCUUCUCAUUACAAUUGCUGGUGGAGAUGAAUUGGAGAUCAACGUCUAUAGAACGGCUCCUGACGGGACAAAGAUCACAGUGCCAACGGAGGUUACAGAAACUGAUCCAGGAGUCAUGCAAAUUGCUUUUAUUCCGGAAGCUGUUGGUGAUCACGAGAUCGAGGUAAAAACCGCUGGGCAACAUGUUUCCGGAAGUCCAUUCACUUGUCGAGCUUAUGAUCCAGCAAAAAUCAAAGUCGGCAAUAUUCCAUCUGGAGCAAUUGAUAAACCAGUUCAUUUCGUCGUUGAUGCCUCUGAAGCAGGAGUCGGAAAUCUAGAGGUUGCCGUGAAUGAAGGCAGAAUUCCUUCAAUGGCUAACUCUCUUGGCCAACAUCGAUACGAUAUCUCAUUUGUUCCGCGAGAAGUCCACGAUCACACAAUCACUGUUCGUUUCAACAAUGAGCCUGUGCCGGGAAGUCCUUUCAUCUGCAAAAUCUCGGCCGCUACUCCGAUUGCUGUGAAUGGACCAGGGCUUGAAAGGGUUUCUGUUGGAGAGCCAACCGAGUUCGAAGUGAGCUCUCACGGAGAUGAGCGUCCAGAUGUUGUUGUAAGAGAUCCACAAGGAGUCAUCAUUGACUCGAAGCUGCAUCCCAUUCAAGGCGGUUACUCAGUUCGCUAUGUUCCCCAAAUUGUUGGAAAUCAUACGGUCGAAGUAGCCUACAACAAGGAGCAAAUUGCUGGCAGUCCAUUCACAGUGAAAGCAUAUGAUGCGGAAAUGGUUCGGCUAUCGUCGACAAGCGAUUUAGGAGCCCGUGUCGGAAAGCCAACCACUUUCUCGAUUGACGCAGCGAAAGCCGGAGCUGGAAAUAUGGAGAUUAUCGUUUCGGUUGACGGAAGAAAUGUCCCCAAUUUUGUUCAAUCCGAAGGUCAAGCUCGUUUCAAAGUAUCUUUCACUCCACAAGAAGCUCGAGAGCACAUUGUCAGCGUGCGAUUUAAUGGACAUCCAAUUCCAGGCUCUCCAAUGCGUUGCCAAGUCACUUCAGUUGAUGGUCCACCUGUUGAAGCUCUUCACAUUGCUCCUCAUCUCCAAACUGAGCCCCUUGCUCAAUCAGCUCCCCCACAAGGAAAAAUGAAAUUAUUGGAGGAAUCUUCAGUGGCACAUGUUGGUCAACGAAAGGGUUUCAACAUCGAGACGACCGGUCGAUCGGGUGACUGUAAUGUGAUUGUGACAGCUCCCGAUCAAUCUCGUCUCCCGGUUCAUCUACAGAAGACGAAAAGCGGUUUCCAUUUCGAUUUCACUCCACAAAUUCCAGGUGAGCAUCGAGUCGAAGCUUCAAUCGAUGGUUAUCCAGUUGGGGACGAUUUCUUUGUGAAAGUCACCACAGAUCCACUUUCCAUUGCAAGACUACCAUCAACUUGUGUUGUCGGAAAGAAAUACUCGUUUGAAAUUCCGACUUAUGGAAGAAAUCGACAUGAUGUGCGGGUGAACAUUCGAAGUCCCGAGGGGAAACCACUGCCAGUUCAACUUGAGGAUUUGCCUAAUGGCAAUGUCAAAGCAACUUGUCGAUUUAAGCAGCAUGGUCCUCACAUCAUUGACACAUUUGUCCAAGACGAAGCUGUUGGUGAAAAGCAAACAGUUGAGGUGAUCGAUGGGAAUCGGGGCGUUCAACUCAUUUCAGAGAUUGGAAGAGAGGUUGUGGGAGAACCGGCUGAGGUGCGGCUUCUCAUGGAAAAGGGAUUGGAGUCACAGGUUGAAGUGAAAGUGUCGGCACCUGAUGGUCGACCAUUGACUGUUCAUCUCUCGAAGAUCAGUCAGACGACGAUGGUGGCUGAGUGGACUCCGCAGGUGGAUGGCGAACACGAAGUAGAGAUCCUCGUUGGUGGAGAGCAGAUCGAUCAAAGUCCUUACCUUGUGCAAGUUCUUGAUCCAGCGUCUGUCCGAGUGAUUGGCAUCAAAAAUGAUCGUGUCGGUGUCGAGCAACGAUUCAAUGUCGAUUACACAAACUCUGGCGCUUCUACAGCACAAGUCGAGGUCUCAUUGGGGAAUCGAACGAUUCCGUGUCAGUUGAAAAAAGUGAGAGACGGGCUUCUCGUUGGGUCGUUUGUCCCGAAACAGCCGGGGAUGUACUUGUUGGAUGUGACGAUUGAUGGACUAAAUUUACAACCUAUUGAAUGCCAUAUCUCAUCGGAGGGAGCUGUUCGAGCAACUGGUGACGCUUUGAGAUUCGCACAAAAGGGUCGAACUGCCCGCUUUGAGGUUUCAACAAAUAAUGCUACCCGAGGAGAGCUUGAUGUUUUAGUGUCUGAUCCACAAAACGGGCCACUGCCAGUCCGAUGCUAUCGACAGCAAGAUGAUAGUUAUUGGGUUGAGUUCACGCCUGAGCAAACUGGUGAGCACAGCAUUGAAGUGACUUUCGGAGACGUUCCCGUACCCGGCUCACCUUUCAAAUGCCAAGUCGUCGAUCCAAAGAAAGUGCAAGUGAGAGGAUUACAAGAUGGCCUCACACUAAGACACGCAGCCACAAUUGCCUUGAAUCGUCGAGAAGCUGGCACCAAGGAUUUAAUGGUUGAGGUCUCUGAUCCCGAAGGGAAACCCUUGAAAGUGGAUAUGAUGAAGAGUCCAAAUGGGGAAGAUCGAGCCACCUUUUUGCCAACUCAAUUGGGGCCACAUAAGAUCAAUGUCAAAGCUGCUGGAUUCCCAUUACCAGGUUUCCCACAAACCAUUCACGUGGCCGAAAUGUCGCAGCCAGCCAUUUAUGGCGCAGCUGUUGAUCAAAGUGUCAAGGUUGGCGAACCCGCCAGCUUCAUCUUUGACCCGAAAAAGUCAACUGGAGGCUUGAAAAUCGAUGUGCGAGGACCACAAAAGACAAAAGUUCGUCACAACACGAUGCGACGACCAAAUGGGACAUCAGAAGUCGUCUUCUAUCCGGAUGAAGUUGGAUUGUACGUUGUGAAUGUGCACUUCAACAACAAGAAUGUGCAAGGAUCGCCCGUCGAGGUGAAAGUGAUCGAUCCGCAAAAAGUGCUCGUUGAUGAUCGGAUGGCGGAUCGGGAUGGACAUUUGCAGCUUGGUCUCAACCAGAGGAGUGUCAUCGACAUUGACGCCACAGCGGCCGGACCCGGCAAACUUCGGGCCGAAGUUCGAGACGCCAACGACGCGCUCGUUACGGCGGGCGGAACGGGAGGCACAGGUCCGGUGGUGGUGGAGGAGCUCGGAUACGGGAAAUGGAGAGUGGCUGUUGAACCGCGACAUCCGGGGCGGCAUGCGCUCUACCUCUACUGGAACGAGUUGCCCGUCGAGACGGCAUUUCCGCUUAGAAUGAACGUCGGACAAGGAGGCGUCGUCCCUGGGCCCAGCACCAGCAAGACUUACGACUACGUGGCCGCUGCUGCCCCACUGCAUAAGAAGGAACGAUCAACGGGAUCAACUCAACCUCAAGCGUAUGAUGAUGAGGCAGCCGAUCACCUUCACGUCAUCCUUCGUGGAGACGGUUUGAGAAGAGCUCAAUUGAAGGAACCCGCUGAGUUUAUCGUUGAUGGAUCGGAUAUUUCGAGAGAUGGUCGAUUGACAGCAACGUUGAUAGGACAGAAAGCCGAUAUUCCUGUGAAAGUACAACAAUUGGGUCACAAUGUCUACAAAGCGUUGUACACGCCGAUGUUUGGCGGGAAUUACGAGUUGCACGUUUUGUGGAAUGGAAGACACGUGAGGGGCUCACCGUUUGCCGUCGUUGUUGCCACAUCAUCCGGCGUUGCCGACUCAAUCGUUGUUGACACAUCAACUCUCAAGAUUGGCAUCGUGAAUGAAGAAGUGAAAACAUUGAUUGAUACAAGGAGAUCUGGACCUGGAGGCAAACUGUCAGCACAAUGCAUGGGACCAAGUAAACUAGCAUAUUGUGAGCUUUAUGAUCACCGAGAUGGCACCUACACGUUGUCAAUUCGUCCAACUGAGGUCGGAAAGCAUACGCUUACCAUCAAAUACGAUGGAGAGCAUGUGGCUGGAAGUCCUUUCCUUGUUCAUGUGUCGAUGCCGCCAGAUCCAUCAAAAGUUCGUGUCUAUGGUCCGGGAAUUGAGCAUGGAAUCCUUUCCUUGUUUAAAUCAAACUUUGUCGUGGAGACGAAAGGCGCUGGAGCCGGUCAACUAACAGUGCGUGUCCGAGGACCGAAGGGAGCUUUUAAUGUGGAAAUGCAGAGAGAGAAGAAAAAUGAAAGAACGAUUCAUUGCAAAUACGAGCCACGAGAACCGGGAGAUUAUCAGGUGGAAGUGAAAUGGCACGGUGAGCAUGUGCCCGGAUCGCCUUUCUUGGUGAUGAUUGUUGAUACCGAACAAGAGUUGGCUAGAUUCCUUCGCGGCGAAGCCCCAUCGCCCGUUCCCGUCACUCCAUUCAUCCCACCCGGAUGGAUGGGUCCCCCGCCAGGCCCAAUGGGAUUCCCAGGACACCCUGGCCAUCCUGGCCGAGGUCCUCCACCCCUAAUGGGCCCUCCCCGAAGUCCUUUCCCUCCGAUGGUCCAUCCUGGCCAUCCCGGAAUUCCCCACCCGGCA